CCUGUUUCCCCUGUCAGGGGCAGUUUCAGUCUCAGCUUCAAAAGAACAAACAAGCUCUCAAAACAAAGGAAGACAGUCCUCAACUGCAGAGGAAGCAGGAAGCUGCCAGCCCUGCUCUGAGCCCAGCUGCUAGGGCUCAGGCACAGCGGGAUGGAGUCUGUGGCCCUGUACAGCUUCCAGGCCACAGAAAGCGAUGAGCUGGCCUUCAACAAGGGGGACACACUCAAGAUCCUGAACAUGGAAGAUGACCAGAACUGGUACAAGGCUGAGCUCCGGGGCGCCGAGGGAUUUAUUCCCAAGAAUUAUAUCCGUGUCAAGCCUCAUCCGUGGUACUCGGGCAGGAUUUCCCGGCAGCUGGCUGAAGAGAUCCUGAUGAAGCGGAACCACCUGGGAGCCUUCCUCAUCCGGGAGAGUGAGAGCUCCCCAGGGGAGUUCUCCAUCUCUGUGAACUACGGGGACCAGGUGCAGCACUUCAAGGUGCUGCGUGAGGCCUCGGGGAAGUACUUCCUGUGGGAGGAGAAGUUCAACUCUAUCAAUGAGCUGGUCGACUUCUAUCGCACCACCACAAUCGCCAAGAAGCGGCAGGUCUUCCUGAGGGAUGAGGAGCCCCUGCUCAAGCCACCCCGGGCCUGCUUCGCCCAGGCCCAGUUUGACUUCUUGGCCCAGGAUCCCUCACAGCUCAGCUUACGCCGUGGUGACAUCGUCGAGGUACUGGAGUGCCUGGACCCCCACUGGUGGCGAGGCCGCCUCUGUGGGCGUACUGGCUUCUUCCCGCGGAGCUACGUCCAGCCGGUGCAGCUCUGACCAGAGUGGGGCCUAGGGGGCAGAGUCAGCAGACCAUCUGUCCACUGGAUACUGAGGUCCAGAGAGAAGUCACUGACAUCCCCCUUCCCUGGCUUCCACCGGGCUCAGCUGGGGCCUUGGACGGGACCGUGAGCCUCCUAAUGCCGGGCCCAGGCCCUGCCCACUGCUCCACAUGAACUGGGACGACCCCACCUGCCCACAACCACCAUGAUGUUCAGUGCCUACCAGGCAAGGUAAACUCCUGGGGUGUCACACCAGCCUCUUUCUAUUGGUCACCAGAUUUGUUAUGUCAUAAGGUGGGCUGGCAGAGGCCCUGCCCACUCCAACCAGCAGUGACCCCAUCCUCAUCAAGGUUCUACCCAUUGGAGGCUCAGCCCAGGGAAUCAUGAGCUUCGUGGGUGGGUUUACCUUGAGUUGACCACCCCCUGGGCCUGCCUGCCCCUCCCUCAAAUGGACUCUCCAGGUGAUCUGGAUAUUGGGGAAGUGAUUUAGGUGUAAGGGACCAGCAAGAACACUGCACACCUAUUGACCUGGACUCAUUAGACAGACUCCAGGUGGAGACUGACUUCUUGGCAACCCCACAAUGACUUCAGGCUCCGCUUGGGCAUCCAACACAUCCCUACCCAACUACAGACACUUUGGGGAGGGACUGGUGGCCCUGAGACUGUGAGGAAGGGGCUGCAGUGUUGAAUGAAAUGGAUGGAGGCAGCUGCUCCUCUUGCAAUAGAUAAGCUUGAGGGACAGGCCCUGGAUGCAGCCCUGGGAAGAUCGGCUGCCUGGCUCUUGUUUGUUCAGGCCUGGGUUCUGCCCAGACCCUGGGGAACUUGUGGGAGCUACAGGCCAAGUGGUACAUUGGGGCCACAGCUGGAAUCUGAGGCCCAGCAGCAUUCAGAAUGGGGCGGGCAGUCUGGGUAGGGACCCAGGUUGAGAGAAGACAGGGUGUACACCUGGCACGGGGGUUCUAAGCAACACCUACACAGAGGCUGGGCACCUUUGGGAGCAGGAAGAAUGAGGGGAACUCAGAAAGGGCUUUGAAUGCCAGGCGGGAGGCUGUGUGUGUGUGUGUGGGGGGAGCGGUUAGUGAGCAGGGAUGGAGGGUGAGGAGGCACCUGUGACACUGGGAGCAGGUAGGAUGGGGGGAGGAGCCCAGGGAGGGGGUUGCAGGCUCAAUAUGGGGAGGGCUCUCCCUCUACCCAGGGCAGACCUGAGACCAUUCAGCCUCAAGCUCUGGCAGGUUGUAUUGCUCCGUACCUAGACCCACAUACUCAAAAUAAAAACAGUAAUCAAAUGUAA